AUGUCGAGACCAAACCAAGGGCUUCAAAAGCUUUUAUUGAUUCUCCUCGCGCUUAUCUUCCCGCCGCUCCCGGUGAUCGUCCUCAACAACUACUGCGUGUGGAACCUGUCGACGUUGCUUGUGGUGCUAUUCACCCUUUGCGGUCACUUCCCCGGGAUUAUUUAUGCCAUCUGGUUUAUCCUCACUAAGAAACAACCUAGAAAUGGUUACCAGCGUUUAGAUGAUGAACAAAAUGUCCCCACUCCUGUCAACGGCAGCGAAGGUCACCUGUCAGCGCCGUUGAACUCGUCCUCCGCUGACGAGCCUCCCACUUAUGAAGAAUCGCGUCAAGGCAGCACCAGCACCCCUACUUUGGCGACCAAGUCUGCUUCUGACAACAAGAUUCAGACUUAG